UUUAAUAUUAUGAUGUCCUCUAAUAUUUUUUGCUUUCACUGCAUGGUCAUCUGGAGGCAGUUAAUACAAAAUGUUAAUAUUCCUCUGACGGCUUAGCCUACUUUGUGGUACUCAGCGCGGGCUUUUUGGCGAGCUUAUUUUAUACUUAAUAGUAUUUUAUCCUCCAUUACAUCACCGCGAUCCUCCUACAAUGUUUUAUAUGGCAGGCUGACUUUGUUUUUGCACAUCACAGCACUCUGGUGAAAUAAAAGGGCUUUUUGUUGUUUGCAUAAAAAGCCUUAAAAAAAAAAGUAAGGACAUUUAAUGAGUGUGCUGUUAAUAUGAACAGUUUCUGUGGCUUUCACUUUCACUGAGCGAUAAAUAGCAGGAUAACAGGAAUCAGUUUUCUCAAAACAACCACUGGGUUGCUCUCAGGAAGUACUGUAUGAAUAUUAAUAUGGAUGCAAAUGCUCAGUGAGGAUGCCCAGCGCUUGAACCAGCACAGCGCGCUGACAUCUGCGCAUUUUUUGUUUUGACGUUUUUUUUUUCUUCUUCUUUCUGUUCAUCCCCGCAUUUGUGAGCGUGUUUCUUUUGCGGAUGAUUUUGAAAGAAACACAGACACAAGGAUGAUGUCGGCUGGGGAGCAUUUUAACGUCGCAUUGAAUUGCAUAUUGGUUUUCAAUAAGACCUCGCACCGGCCAGUCUACAGCGAUCCUCGGUAGUACAGUGCGCCGUUUAUCCCCCUAAAAAUGGAAGACCUUUCACGUCAAGAAAAGGCGUCAGUCCGGUGAUCGGCGUCUGAAUAUCUAAUUUUUUAUUUCCACGUCAAUUGACACAUCUGGGAAAGGAUUCAUUUCCCUUCCCUUCUGUUUACCAAGACAGCUGUGUCAUCAACAACCGGCGUGGUUUUGUUGUUGUCUGAUUUUUUUACGAGUCUGGGCAACUGGUUUAGGCGAUCGGCACAGUCUACCUCUGCGCCAGCCGUAGACUCUACAGCUAUCAAGGCUGUGAAGUCCAGCUCAGGUGCUGAGAUACCAUACAGAUGUGGGCUGGAAUGGCUUUGGUAUUCAGGAGAAACCAAACAAAGUGAAGGAUAUGUAUAGCGCACUGUUUCCUAAAUAUCUGAUAAAUCCUGCUGUCUCACUCACAGCGAGGUAAAACAACACUGCUGGACCGCUUGCUGAGGUGGAGACUGGAGGGCAGAGGGCUGCAGCACAAAGCCUUCCAGUGCUGUGAAUCCAGUAGCAGCUAUAGAAGGAAAGGUUUUCGACAUGAGAUACCACAAAAUGUACACCCAGAGUGAAUCCCCUGACUGCAUAAUGUUUCACUCAUAACUUUUGUUACGCUCAUAAAUCACACUGUAAAUGUUUUACACUGUCAUAUUUUACAUAGGUGAUUAUGAUGUGCCUCGAUAAAUUCCCGUUUCUCUAUAGUAGUCAUAUUGGCGGAGCUUUUUCAGUUACUGCUAUACACACAGAGGGUGUUUGAAGGGUGUUAUGGGGGCCUUGAAUAUGUGUGUGUGUGUGAGUAUGUGUGUGUGAUGUUUGCUUAUGUGCAUGAAUGAGUAGUUUGCAGUGUUGCAUGCAGAUUGAGUUACGUGAAUCAUGGCUCCAUCUGCCUCCUGGUUUUAAUGAGGAAUUCAAGCGACUCCUGACCCUACAGAUGCUCCUGAAACAACUUCCUAAACGCUCUCAGUUUAUUUGGGUUAGAAAGUGACUCUGGGGAUUAAUAACAGGCACCCUAUAUGAGCGUAUUGCAUGCUUGUAAAAACAAUAUUUUGCAGCCUGGUCUGAUGACACAAACCUGCCUGUAGAUAUAUAAGAUGCUGGACUCUCGGUUCUUUUAGCUUGGCUAAUUGUACACCAACCCACAGGGUGUAAUGUGACAAUUGUGGGGCUGCCUACUCAGCUGCCAGAUCCUAGAAACCAAAAUCAAAGCUCCAUUUAACAAAAGCCCAACCUACAGUCACAGCUCCCUAACCUAAUUAACAUUGAGUCAGCAAACACGGCAGCAGCGGUCGAGGUUGUGGUCAGAGCUGUGGGGUACAAGAAUAGCAGUAGCCACGCUGACACACUGGAUGACACACUGGGCUGUGACAAAAGAAUCACACACAGGUACACAGAUCAACAUGCCACCUGGCCCAGGUGACAGCGCCUGCUGCUCUCACUGUGUGCUUUUUCUCUUUAUAGUAAGACAUAGCCGAGCUACUGCACUGGCAGUGAAAAUGGUGUGCAGACGAUGGUAAACUGCUUAAGUUAUCAAAAAUAUCUACAGAAUUAGGAAAACAACAGCACAGCUGGAAAGUGUCAAUAUAUACUUUUGAUGUAUUUUCAUGCUGUAUGAAGCAUCAUAGGACCUUAAUUGUAAAUCGGGUCUCAUUAAACUGGAUUCGCAUGUGUUCCACCACAUUUGAUUCAUAUUGCUUGUUUCCCCCCGUUUUCUGCUUUGUGAGAAUAUCUGAUAAUGCGGACCAUUAAAAUUACUCACCAGCUACACUGCAAACAAGCUUAGCUUAAUAAUGCAUGUCAUGUAAAGUGGCUGAUUCAAUUUAGUUCCCCAGCAAAGCUGUUUAACUCAUGCUGAUGCCAGGGGCACCGACGAUACCACUUGAGUGUCCACCAUCAAAACACAUUGAAUUUCUAUUUAUGGUGGAAAAACACUAGCAUCGUGCAUCAGCUGACAUCUGCUCUUUUCUUAGCCAAUUGCGCUGCACACUCACGUUCUCCAACAUGAAAACACUGUUGGACUCCCAGAUAUCUGCCCCACAACAAGCCUGACUUCACAUGGAGGGAGCGAGGGCUGCCUGUGACAUACAUCGCCAUCCCCUGAGUCCUCUUCUAUACCAUGAGCUCUGGCUCUGCCCAGGAUGUGGCAGUCGAGCAUUUCCUGCGUGACAUAGAGAGGCGAAGCAAGCGGCUACACUGCGCUGUGAUAGGCUGCGAGGAGGAGCGAUCCCACAGCGACAUGAACCUGCUGUAUCGUAAGAGCCGGUUGGACUGGAGGCAGAGAGACCAAGAGGGAAGUAAAAAGAGCUCCACGCAAAAUGACCCCUCAGCUACUGUUGGCAAAGUCAGAGACCUGGCUUCUUUCCGACGGCACUUCCGAAUGGGUUUCAUGACCAUGCCUGCCUCCCAGGACCUGUCCCCUCACUCCUGUGCCUCUGCCAUGGCGCCGCGCUCGCAGUCCUGCCACGCUGUCGGAGCCGGAGAUACAAGUCUAGAGAAUGGAGAUUACUCAGACACCCAAUCUCAACACGGCGGCCGCUGCCCUCCAGCCAAACCCAAACGCCACCCCAGUACUCGCCUGAGCUCCUCGUCUGCUGACAGCAGAGGACCUCCUCCUGAGACACCACCUCCGCCUCCACCCACUCACUCCCAGGCAAAACACUCAGAGAAAAAGAAUGCCAUGAAGAAGUCUGACUCUGGAGAGAUUGGAACAAAGAAGGUGCCUCCUUUAAAGCCCAAGAGAAGUCCCAGCACCCAGCUUUCCUUUGAUCCUCUUCCUUCACGUGUGCCUCCUUCUGCCACAUCAAUGCCCUUUCAGGCAUCAGACUCUCAGAUUCAGACAGGAGAUGGGGAUGAUGAGCCAGUCUAUAUAGAAAUGGUGGGCCAAGUGUUCACCAGAGACAGUCAGACGGCCACACCCCACCCUGUAACCCCUGUGGCCACAACACCAGACUCUGACUCAGACCAGAGUGAGGCAAUCUAUGAGGAGAUGAAAUACCCAAUGCAGGAGGACAGGGAGUCCCACAGACACCUCCCUCCCAAACACGAGAAACUGAAAACCUCUAAACACUUUCAUGUGACACCUUCUUCUGCCAGCAGCUCCUCUUCGCUGCCACGCCCAUCUUCUUCUUCCCCUUCCUAUUCCAAACCUAAAGCUACUGUAUCAAUCUCCCAUUCAUCUCCUCUGCCUGCCUCUGCAUCCUCCACCCCAGUGCCCCAGGUCCUCUCUGCCAGCCCCCACACGCCACGAGCUCCUACACCCUAUCUGCUGCAAGGGAAUAAAUCGGAGCAAGAAUCAAACACAAAGAUCCCAGCGCCUUUCCCCAAUCUUCUACAGCACCGGCCCCCGCUGCUCGCCUUCCCUCAGCCUGCAGCAGCCUCCAGUGGGGUCGGGGUGCAGAACAAGUCAUCUGCUUCCACUAAAAUGGGAACUCAGACAUCAAGCGCAACAACACAAGCGAGCACCUCUUCCUCGGCCUCUUCUAAUAUUCCUGUAUCCCUGUCGGGCUCCAAGGAAUCAUCAGGAGGCAGUGCAGCGCAGCAGGACAAGCACAGCAGAGACGCCCAGUUAGGCCCAGCUCCUGGACUGAGAGCCAGGAGUCAUUCCACGCCCCUGCCUCCUUCCUCUAAAUCCACCUCCCCCUUUUCCCAUCACCAUCAUCACCCUCACCAUCGCCCCUCACACUACCAUCACUAUCGGAAGCCAGAAAGAGGAGAUUCUCCUGUGCCGACCAAGAGCAGCUCCCAGGCUUCUAACCAGGCCACAGUCCAGACACAAACCUCAAGUACAGGCAAGGAGGGCAAGUCAGUUAGCUUCCUCCUGAAGUCUGACAAAGGUGAGAAGGAUAAGGACAGGGAAAAGGACAGAGACAGGGACCGAGACAGAGAAAGGGAUAGGGGUAGAGGAGACAGGGACAAGGAAAGAGAGAGAGACAAGGACAGAGAUAGAGACAGGGAUAGAGAUAAGGAUAAGGAAAAGGACAGAGAAAGAGACAGAGACAGAGAAAGGGAUCGUGAUAGGGAUGGAGGUCCACACUCUUUACAGUUGGACAUCACUACCAGCACGAGCAGCCAAACGCCUCAAAGCAGCACCAGCUCAACCCCCACGCCAUUAUCCUCAUCCCAGCGUCCUCACUCUCGCCCACACCUCCGUUCUCACACGCCUCACGGCCUUCCAGCGUACAAGCCGCCCUCCUCGGACAGCCCCUUGCUAUGGACCUACCCCUCCGGUGGCUUCAGGAGGCCCCCGGCUUAUGAGAGCUUGAGAGGCAGCUCUCAGACACCAUCUCUGCAGCAGCCCUCGAGUCUUACUGGUAUUGGUGAAGGUGCGUUCAAGAGCAAUGGAGGGUCUGCAUCCCUUCAGUCUAAAGUUGGCUUCAUGCCUUGGGACAGCAGUGCCAGUUUAUCCGCCGAUGACGGGUCUUACUGGCCUAUGCAGAGGAAAUUGUCCUUCAGUCACGGCAGCAGAGAGACAGAGAAGGAUGAAGGCCGGGCAUGGAACGGUAGUGCUGAUGCCCUGUUAAGGACGGACAAGGAAGAGCUUGGAAUAGGGUCUCGGGGAGGCCAUUCAGGCAUCCCAGUCCACUUCAGUGGGUCCACAAGCAGGGCUCUUGGACACAGUGAGUCACUGGCCGGUGUUGACAGCAGCCUAGGAUUCAGAGCUCUGCCCAGGGUAGGGCUGCCUCUUCCCUGCCAGACCUUUCCUGCCUGUCGCAAUGGAGAAGUGGGGCGGCUGGGUCGCUCCUCCUCUGCUGCUGGAGUGAGACAGGUGGGUGGAGGAGACGUUCAGAGACAGAGCAGUCUACCAGCACGAGAAGCCUUGAAUCAGCUGCAUAGUUUGGCCCAGCCUCAAGUACCCUGCAGUCCCAGCAGUCCCAGUGGUCCCGGUGUGUCACGGCAGCAGCAGCAGCAGCUUCAGCUACACCAGCAGCAGCUGCAGUUAAAGCAGCAGCUUCAGCAGCUUCAGCAACAGCACCACCUGCAGCUGCAGUUCCAACAGCUCGCCCAGUUGGCACAGGGACAACCUGUUGUCAGUGGGGUCACCACCCCAUCCACAUCGCAGACCCAGAGAGACGGCAAGUUGCUGGAAGUCAUCGAGCGUAAGCGCUGCCUGUGCAAAGAAAUCAAGGCACACAGGCGUCCUGACAAAAGCUUGUGCAAGCAGGACAGCAUGCCCAUCCUCCCUAGCUGGAGACGGACACCUGAACCUCGUAAAACUGGCACACCUCCCUGCCAGAGGCCACAGGCCGUUGUGUGGGACACGGCUAUCUGACGUGGAAGUCAGGCCAGCGAGUACAGCACUAGAAGAGAUGAGCUGAAGAUGGCAGAAUUAUGAAUGAGAGUAAAAAUGGAUAUAGAAACUAGAAAAUUCUUUAAAUGGCUUUGGUGAUGUAAUUACCACCAGGGAAUGGGAGACUAUGGACCAAGAAGAAAACCCUUGAUAGCAUUUUUAUCGUGCGAUAAACUGAUCUGUGAACAGUAACUGAUGAAGGGUACUGGAGACUCUGAACCCAUCUGGGGAAAAAACAAACAAAAAAAAAUGCUGAUUAAGAGGUGAAGAAUAAGAAGUAUUACAAUCAAACUACAUGAAUUUCUUACAAAUUGGAUUUGUAUCUGCUCUGUAUUAUGUAGUACACUAUGUAAAUGUGUUCUAAUUGCCAAUGUUUUUUGCCACAAAACACCAGUAUUAUUGCUACAAAAGGAAGACGCCAACUAACUAAUAAUUAGCGGGUUGUUUUCUGAAGUCGGUGUUGCCAAAUUUCUUCCUGACUACUUGAUACAUAAAUUGUGUAUUUUCGCCAACAAGCAGGUGUCCAACACGCUUAAAAACUACUCUGUGGAUGAGAAAAGGCAAGACUCAUAGAUAAGUUGCUGAAGUGUUUCUUGAAAUUGUGAAUGUAUAUGAGAUGUCUUGGUAUCAAUAGAUUGUCAUUGUGGAUGCAAAUAAUCAUCACCGAGGAGUAAAAGCUACCUACUGUAUCUGUUUGCAUAUUUGUAAUGUAAAUCUAUUUACUUUCUCAACGUUUCUGCAAUUUUAUAGCAAUAUCCUCCCGACGCUGGAGCAACAUAAUUAAAACUUGUGUCAACUAGCCUACAAUACAUAUCUAAGACUUGAAGAAGUCAUAUUUACUGUGUCAUUCUCUGCAUGUCACGAUAGACAUACAGUAUUGUAAAAAAAACAACAACAAAAACAAACAAAAAAAUCCCAACUAAAAUAAAAAAAUUAGUGUAGAGAUGAUCAUGGCAAACUUUUACAUACAGCAAAUCUUCACUAUGAUAACGUGUGGUUGUAUAAAAAGCUGAAUAUGUUGUUUGGGGGGAGUGGGGGGGGGGGUCCUCAUUAGGAAAAAAUUAAUAAAUAAAUAGGUGACAGAUGGCACAUGCUGUGCAGUCCAGCCAAAUAUAGAUACAGAUCAAUGGUACAAAAAAAUUUUUCAUCGCUCAUGCUUAUCCACAGUUGCACAUUAGUGAUUGUUCCACCACACCGAAAAACAGGCACUCAACACCCAUCAACACAGACUGUGCAAUAUGGUGCAACUGAUAAGACUGUGAGUAUUGAUCACCUCAAACAGAAUGCUGGAACAAUCUGCACAAAACAUUGUAUACGCUUAGGACAAGUUAAACCCUAAUGUACUGUAAAUAGAUAUGUACAACUCUAUUGAAAAUGUAGCAAUUAUUUCCAUUUUCAUACUUGUAAUCAAUACAUAUUAUGUAGCAUAUAUUGUAUAAACAUAACUUUGUUCACUUGUUUUUUCUAAAAGAAUUAAGUACUUUAUCUGCUGCAGCCAGUCCAUGCAUUACUUAUAGUUCUACUAAUAAACAGUAAGCCCUCUAAAGAAAGGCACAGCCCAACAGUUGUUUAUUUCAAUUUAUGCAAGACUCCCUUUAAGCUGUGUUAUUGAUUUAUUUAUGCCCUUUUUCUACAUCCAUUUUUAUUUGUGUACAGAUUUCCACAGCCCGUUGUCUUGACAUUUUUGAAUACUUGCUGCUAUCUUGAACUACUGGUGUUGUUCACUCAACUAUACAGUGUUACCAUGAGAAACAUUAUUAAUAUAGUGCUUAUUGUGAGAUAUUUGUUUUGGGUUUAUUUUUAUUUAUUAUUUUGGUUUUCUUUCUUUCUUUUGUUUUUCCUUUCUGAAAGCCACGUGAAAUGAAGUUCGUACCUUAAAGAGUGAGCCCGUCUGUAAUAGUAUUAAGGCGCUUGAAUGUCUCUUGGUUGUUGUCGUUUUUAAUGAUAGUAAGCACCAAACUGUACAGUACAGUACACCCAGUGAAAAGAAGACCUAUCUAAGUGUUUGAGAGUCACUACUUGGCCUUUUUUGUUUUUAGCUCCACCUGCUCGCGUUUGAGGAUCAGAGUCCAUUUUCAAGCAAACACAGGCCAGGUUGACGGAAAUGGGCAAGUGCAAUGCAUGCAGAGAUUCCUUACACUGAAAUGCUCCAAUGAUUCUUACUAUUGUGCCCAAUUUUGAUUGCUGAUACCAAGUAAUCACCUUACUAUGAUUCCUUUUCACGGACUGAUAUGGAACCCUCGGUAUCAUUUCCAGAAUAGUUUACAGAAGCUGUUGGUUUUGUGUGUCUUCUAAAAACAGUGGCCAUUAUAUGAGUGCCAUACUAUAUUGAUAUGGUAAGAUACGGUGUACCUUGGAAAUCACUGUAGUGCUAUAUUUGCAUUGAUAUUGUCAUUGAAAAUAAAUUUUAUAUAAUGAACUUUACACAACAAA